AUGGAAGUCCACUAUGUGCUCAAGUCUUCUGAUCAAGCCACCGAGUUUCACUAUGAUGACGAUAGUAUCGAUCAAGAUAGCGAAGACGACGCCGUGAAACUUGUGGCCAACCCAGAUCCAUCAAAACCACGCAAGAUAUCCGAAAGAAAACGAGCAGAUCAAGCAGCUUUUGAAUCAUGGGUCAACGACAACAAAGCUCGGCUCUCACUUCCAUCUGCGACUAGGAGUAGAAAAUCCGGGCUUAGGGAGCUUUUCUCAGGUGAUGAAGCUUCGGAAACACGCCCUACUAGAGCUCGAGACAGGGUCAUUGAAGGGCCUCGCGAGUAUCAGAUUGAGCUUUUUGAGAGGGCAAAGCAGAAAAAUAUCAUAGCCGUCCUUGAUACUGGCACUGGUAAGACACUAAUUGCAAUUCUACUAAUACGCCACACCAUCGAGGUCGAAUUGGAGGCAAGAUCGCAGGGCAGAGACAAGCGUAUCACGUUCUUUUUGGUCGACAAGGUCGCUUUGGUACGUCAGCAGACAGACCAUAUCCGAGCCAAUCUGGAUUUUCCUGUGACAGGUCUUCAUGGCGACACGGUAAGGAACCUUUGGGACUCAAAGGAAUACUUUACAAAGCUACUUCAGGAGCAGCAGGUGGUUGUAUGUACGGCUGAGAUCCUAUACAAGUGUCUGCACCACUCCUACCUGAACAUCAGCCAAGUUAAUUUGCUGGUGUUCGAUGAGGCACAUCAUGCCAAGAAGAACCACGUAUAUGCGAGGAUUAUCAAGGACUUCUAUCUCAUGGAAGAUGACCAUCUAAAACGACCUCGAAUCUUUGGCAUGACAGCAUCUCCUAUUGACACCAAGGACGCUUGCAUAAGCUUUGAAAGAGCUACACAUGAGCUGGAAAGUCUUCUGCACAGUGAAAUAGCGACAAUAUCGGAUCGAGAUCUACUGAAAGCGAUUGGAAGCAGGCCACACGAGGUUAGAAAAUCAUAUGCUCGCGUCAUUCGACAGGACAACACGGAGUUAUACAAACAACUCGGCAAUUUGGUUGGCAAUCAUCCCCUCUUCAAGCAAACCUUCGACUCAGCUGAAUUCGCUGUGACCGAGCUUGGGGCUUGGUGUGCAGACAAGCUAUGGGACCUUUUCUUCCGGGAAGAAGCUGUCUCUACCUUGGAUGGCAGGCUCGAAAACAGCCGGGCUCGGGACCCCGAUGAAAUAGGCGAAAGUGGUCAUGAAUUCAACAAUGCCCGCGCAGCUCUCAAUCUUGUCAAGGACUGGUCUUUCAGUCCGCCCGAGGAUGGAGCACUUUCGACUAAAAUACACAAGCUCAUUGAGAUCCUAGCAGAGUGUUUCAGUCAGGCUAGUGCUAGCAAUGCGAUACAAUGCAUCGUCUUUGUGAAGCGUCGUGACACUGCAGUACUUUUGAACGCGCUCUGCGAACAGCCCGAGAUUAGAACCAAGAUUCCCGAUUUGAAAGGGGCGUUUCUGAUAGGAGCAGGAAGGGGUGGGAAUGCAGCCUUUACCACCACACGGCAGCAAGAGCAAACAGUCUCAAGAUUCCGAGAUGGCGAGAUCAACUGCCUCUUCGCCACUUCGAUUGCCGAAGAGGGGCUGGAUAUACCGGGUUGCAACGUGGUUAUUCGGUUCGACCUCCACGGAACGACAAUUCAAUAUAUCCAGUCUCGUGGCAGGGCACGAAUGAAGAACUCGUGGUUCAUUCACAUGACCGAGUUUGGAAACCAAGAGCACAAUAGAAGAUGGUUCCAAGACAGAGUCAACGAGCAGAAAAUGCGUGACUUUUGCCUCUCCCUACCAAAGGAUAGGAUUGUGGAGAAAGCUGAAGUUGACGAUGUCUUGCGGGGCGACCAAAGUCAGAAGAUCUUUGUCGUUCCCGGCACCAAAGCAAGUUUGACCUUCAAGCAAAGUCUGGUUGUUCUGGCAGAGUUUGUCGCUACGCUGCCAGCCAGGCUCGAUGAGAUACUCAGUGUUGACUACACCGUUGUCCCGGUCUUUGGUGGGUUCCAGGGUGAAGUGUAUCUGCCUGCAUCUUCGCCCUUGAGAAGUGCAAUGGGCGGCGUAUACCGGUCAAAACAGCUCGCCAAGUGUGCAGCGGCCUAUGCCAUGUGCCUUCAGCUCUACAACAGCCACUAUCUCAAUGACCACCUGAAGUCCACGCUGACCAAGGUCCUUCCGGCCAUGAGGAAUGCGCGCCUGGCUGUCAGUUCCAAAAAGAGAAAAUCCUAUCCUAUGCGGACCAAGCCAGCCAUGUGGUCUGAGGUGGGACCUCUGACAGAGCUCUACGCCAUGGUCCUCAGCCUUGUACAGCCAGGAGCAGCUUUUUACCACUCACGACCUAUCCUGCUGCUUACGAGAAAACCCCUCCCAGCCAUUGCAGAAUUUCCCCUUUUCUUCGGCAAAGGAAGCAGCCGUAGAUCAAACGUUCGCUGCAUGCCGCUUGCAAAUCCUUGGAAACCAACAACCAAGCAGGCUGAAGGCCUUUGUGCCUUUACGCUCUGUGUUUUCCGAGACAUUUUCAGCAAGGAUUUCCAAGCACUUGCAGCCGAUAUGCCAUAUUUUCUGGCUCCAAGUGCAGGAUUCGAGCAUGGAACUGACUUUUCCAACUUGACCAACCCUGAGGGAAUGAUCGACUGGGCCACCGUCCAGCGUACAACGACUACUGAUCGCGUACCAUAUAGCUUUAACGAGCCGGAUGAUUUUUUCCAGGACAAGUACGUCUCUGACCCUUUUGAUGGGUCCCGUAAGUUCUUCAUGCGCAAAGUACGCCGCGAUUUGAAGCCGCAGGAUCAAGUUCCAGAAGGGGUCCCGGCUCCCUCAAAAAGGCGGGCUGCGGAGCACACAAUUCUGAAUUACAGUGUUAGCCUAUGGAAAAAGUCCCGCGCAGGAUACAAUAGUCGACAUGAUCAACCAGUUGUAGAGGCAGAGCUUGCGCCUUUACGGCGGAACUUGUUGGACGAGACGGACGGAGAGGAUUCGACAGGCCCGCAAACCUGCUACCUUGUCCUGGAAACACUCUUAAUAUCUCAGAUACCUGUGGACACUGUGGUAAUGGCCUAUACUUUCCCGGCCAUUAUAUACCGUAUGGAGAGCAGCCUGAUUUCCCUGGAAGCAUGCCAUAAUCUGGGUCUUGAUAUUCCAAUCGAUAUUGCCCUUAUAGCCAUGACCAAGGACAGUGACAACUCUGACGAGCAUGAUGAAGCGCCAAUCAACUUCCAGAGCGGAAUGGGCCAGAACUACGAACGACUAGAGUUUCUGGGGGACUGUUUUCUCAAAAUGGCAACUUCGAUUGCGCUAUACACGCUGGUUGAGGGUGAUGAAUUCGAAUACCACGUCGAGCGGAUGGUGGACAUUUGCAACAAGAACCUGCUGAACUGGGCCCUGGAAUCCAACCUCCAAGAACAUAUUCGAUCCAAGUCCUUCAACCGGCGCACAUGGUAUCCUCCGGGAUUGAAGCUGCUCAAGGGCAAAAAAACGGAGGUGGACGAUGAGCAUGCACUGGGUGACAAGUCCAUUGCUGAUGUGUGUGAGGCCCUCAUCGGUGCUGCAUAUUUGACUGCCCAGGCUCAGAACCCUCCAAACUUGGACCUGGCUGUCAAAGCUGUCACCGUCAUGACGCACAGCAAAAACCACACGAUGAAAGUGUGGAAUGACUACUAUGCAGCUUACAGGUGCCCGGAGUGGUUGUCUGCCUCACCGUCCCAGAUGCAGCUCGAGCUCUGUAGUCAAAUCAAGAACAAGAUGGGUUACGACUUCAAGAGCCCCCGCCUUUUGCGCUGUGCCUUUAUGCAUUCAUCGUAUCCGAGGCAGUACGAAAAUGUGCCCAGCUAUCAGAGACUCGAGUUCCUGGGCGAUUCACUACUCGACAUGGUCUGCGUUGACUAUCUCUUCAAGAAAUACCCGGACAAGGAUCCUCAAUGGCUGACAGAGCACAAGAUGGCAAUGGUCUCGAACCAGUUUUUCGGCUGCGUCGCUGUCGAGCUUGGGUUCCACCGCCACUUGAUACACAUGCAGCCAGCACUUGGUGGGAGUAUAACCGAGUGGGCCGAACUUGUCACCAAGAGACGCGAUGAGGCCAGAAGGCUAGCGGUUAGACGUGGCCAGAGCGAGGAUGACUAUGCCCGUGACUUUUGGAUAGAAGUUCAUCAUCCACCCAAGUGUCUGCCUGACAUCUUAGAGGCUUACGUGGGCGCUCUAUUCGUCGACACUGGCUAUGACUACAGCGCAGUUGUUAGUUUUUUUGACCGUCACAUAAAGCCGUACUUUGCAGACAUGUCCAUAUACGACAUGUACUCAUCCAAGCACCCUGUCACGCACAUCACCAGCAUCAUCACCACUCAAUUCGGCUGUUCAUCAUUCCGGUUAAUGGUCCAUGAGAUUCCGGACGAUGUAGAGGGCGAGGGACUUAUCACUGGAGCGGUCAAAGUUGUUGCUGCGUGCAUGAUACAUGGCGAGGUACGCUGCCACGCCGUUGCGGCCAGUGGGCGCUAUGCCAAACUCGCGGUUGCGAAACAGGCAGUUGCGAUAUACGAGGAUAUGAGUCUGGCUGAAUUUCGGCUGCGUCACGGGUGUAAUUGCAAUCCAGAAGAUGGAGAUGGAGAUCACGGGGUGCUGGUGGAUCACAGGACCGAUUGCGAGCUUGAAGAGCCGUUACAGAAACAGGAACCCCCCUGCAAGCUCUUCAGUUGA